AUGUAUUGGCUUGGUGUUGCUCCUCAACCAUUGAAAAGAAACCACAUGCUUCUGGAGGAAACAAAUGAUGAGAACAUCAUGGAAGCUUCACAAGUGGUAGCAAAAGCCAUUUACGAUGCAGUGUCUAGAAAAUCUAGAGCACGUGCCGUGGAAAUCGCUGAAAUAUUAUAUCUUGAGCAGGAUGGAGUCUCGGAAGCUGUGAAAGUGCUUAGAGAAGAGUUGUUUUCCCUCUCGCAAUUUUCUGUUCAAAGAACACCACAGCUCUUUAUUGGAUACGCACAAUUUGUGCUUCUAACUGCAGAGGAAGUCCUGUUGGAGAACGUGGAACUGAUCCUUGAAGCGUUCGAAUAUUUGCAGCGACCAAUCGCGCGCUCUCAAGCAAGGAGUAUAGGACAUGUUGGGAAUUUGAGCAUUAAAAUACCAUGGAAGAAGCUUGGCGGGGAUCCAAUCACAAUUACGCUUGAAGAUGUCUUUGUAUGUGCAUCACAACGAAAUGAUCAAGAGUGGAGUUCAGAUGUGGUUGAGAAAAGAGAGUUUGCUGGUAAGAAGGCUAAGCUUGCUGCUGCAGAAUUGGCAAAAUUAUCCAGGCGUGUCUUUGAUAGUCCAGCAGGGAAUCCUUUUAGUAAGUCAUAUAUUGCAGCCAAGGUCAAUCGAUCUGGAGAGCUUUAUGCUGAGUAUUCUAUCAGCGCUGAGUUAACCGAUGUGGUCAUGAGUCUGAAUAUAUUUCAGUUGCAGCAGAUUCUUAUUCUGUUAGAUUACUUGCAAACUAGCCAAUUGCGUGAGAGGUAUGGGCGGUAUCGUCCCUGCUCCACUUCCUUAUCGAGGAAACCUCCAGGAUGGCAGAAACUUUGGUAG